AAUGUUUAAAUCGUCAACAGUUUUAAUCGCGGUUUUGCUUAGCUUAUUGGCAGGCAGCAUUUAUUGCUCGUUAUCAAUAACCUGUCAGAAGGACGAGGAACAGGUAUAUGUUAAGAUUGGCCACAAACACUACUUCAUAUGGCACACGAAGGUGACCUGGCUUGAGGCCGUACACUUAUGCCGGCGAUUUGGCGGAGAUUUGGUUUUAAUCGAAUCCGCCGAGGAGCUGGAAUCGAUUUCCAACUAUCUGAUCAAACACGGCUAUGAUCAUACCGCUUGGCUUUGGACAUCGGGCAACGAUCUGGUCUCGCAUCGUCAAUUUAAGUCCAUCAAUAACGGAAUGCCACUGCCAUAUACUAGCUGGUCAAGCGGGCAGCCGGACAAUGCCGGUGGCAAUGAGCACUGCGUCCAUUUGUGGUUCAACAAUCGUAAGUCUUUCCAAAUGAACGACUGGAUAUGCCAUGAAAAGGCCCAAGCCAUUUGUCAGAACCAGAAUCAUACCCGCUGUUACGAAUCUUAUCACUAAUGCCCCUGAUAACCUUAACACUGUCUGAUCUAUAUAAAUAAGUGUAGAUUAAAAUACCACUUUUUGUUGUCAAAAGCAAACUAAAAAACGAUUUUCGCUUGCUUGUUUAAUUAACUUAAAUCGAUUUGAAAAUCAACACAUUAUUUAUAUUAAAUAUUAUGUGAGACUUAAAAUUUGGAAUGUCAGUUCUCAUUUACCAUA